AUGUCUGCCUCUGUCAAGUUUACCGGCCUCUUGGCCUUGGCGUCUGCCGUUGCGGCUGUUCCCCACUACCAGCACAACAAGUUCCACCACAGGGCUGCUUACCCAACCGGCGGAUGGGGUGGUGCCUACAACAGCACCGCUGUUGCUGGUGCUACCGGCACUGGCGUCUACGGUGAUGACAAGACUACUACCCUAGACACCACCUCUACCUCCACUGCGACUGAAUACUCAACCAUCUACGUCAAGCCUACCGGCCUUGCAGGAGACAACAACAAGGGAGUCGAGGCCGCUGAUGCCUCCACCGGUGUCUGUGGCGCAACCGUCACCGUCACUGCCUCCGAGAAGGUCACCGUUACCGUCACUCCUGGCGGUGGCGCUGGUGUCCCCACCUCAUCUCCCGUUGCCGCUGAGUCCUCGGCUGACAACGGAUACGGAGUCCCUUCAUCAGCUGCUGAGUACCCCGCCGCUACCCCAACCAAGGCGGCUUCUUCAUCCGUUGUCGAGACUCCCGUAGCCGAGACCAAGUCCUCAGCUGCUGCUGGUUACCCUGCUGAGACCCCCGAGGCCUCUGUCUCAUCCAAGACUCCAGAGAUCACCGCAUCUUUGAUCCAGAAGCCCGUCGCAGAGGCCAGCUCCGCUGUCUCUUCCGCCGCUCCUUCUCCCACUGCUGCCACUGGCAACAGCUACUCCGGUGUCAAGCGCGGUCUCGCCUACAACGAUGCUAACCUCUGCACUACCUUCGGCAGCAAGUUCGGUUUCGGUUACAACUGGGGCCAAACCGAGAGCAACGACAUUGGAACUACCUUCGUUCCCAUGAUGCACAGCCCUAGCCAGUCCAGCGCCGAAGAGUGGCUCGCCAACGUUGACAAGGCCGUCGAGAAGGGUUCCACCGCUGUCAUGGGCUUCAACGAGUGCGACCACGCCGAGCAGUGCGGUAUGGAGCCCGAGGCCGCCUGCGCCGCCUGGAAGACGUACAUGAACCCUGUCAAGUCGGCCCACCCUGACGUUACCAUCGUCGGUCCCAGUGUCACCAACGGCCAGGCCCCAAUGGGUCUCGACUGGCUCAGCCGCUUCAACGACUGCUGCCCUGACGCUAUCGUCGACGCCACCAACAUCCACUUCUACGACAUCUACGACGAGAAGACCAUCGACCGCUUCCAGGCUCAAGUCGAGAAGGCCGCUUCGCUCUCCGGAAAGAAGGUCUGGAUCACCGAGUUUGGUCUUAACCCCGGCUCUGCUUCCGAGGAGCAGGCUGCCAGCUUCCUCAAGGACGCCAUGGCCUACCUCGAUGGCUCCGACAAGGUCCAGGGUUACUCCUGGUUCAUGGUUGGUGAUGGUGAGAACCAGCUCAACUCUGGCAACGGCCUCUCAGCUGUUGGCAAGGUCUACGCUGGUGCCGCUUAA